AACAUUCUAACUUCAAAUAUGUCGAUUAAUGUCGAAUUAUUCAAUUAAAUUUAUAUUGAAUUUUCGUACGAUCUAACGAGUGCACAAUGAGUAAACGAAAGCGAGAAGAUGAUGGGCCAAAUACGGAAUUUUGUAACGUUUUAAACGAACUUGCUGAAUAUGAAAGAAAUGUUAAUCGUCAGAUUCACAAGUACAAUGCCUACAGAAAGGCUGCUGCCGUUUUAUUGAAGCAUCCUACGAGAAUAACUAGCGGAAAAGAAGCUCGGACAUUGCCCGGAAUUGGUGAAAAGAUCGCCAAGAAAUUGGACGAGUAUAUCCAGACUGGAAAACUGGCUAAAUUAGAGAAGAUCAGAGAUGACGACUUGAACCUGUCGAUUGGAAAUCUUAUGAAAGUUUCUGGUGUUGGACCAGUGGCUGCCAAGAAAUUUGUUGACGACGGUAUUAAGACCAUCGAAGAUCUCAAGAACAUCGAGGAUCAACUUAAUCAUCACCAAAGAAUUGGAUUAAAGUAUUUCGAAGAUUUCGAGGAAAGAAUCCCCAGAACAGAGAUGUUGCUGCAUCAGAAAUUUCUCCAUGAGGAAGUGACAAAAGUGGACACUAAAUAUACCAUUGAAAUAUGCGGAAGCUUUAGAAGAGGCAAACCAAGCAGUGGAGACAUCGACGUGUUAAUUUGUCAUCCGAAUUUCACUUCCCAAACCAAGGCGGACACCAAGAGUGAUUACCUAAAGCAAGUUGUAGAUCAUUUGAAAGCACGUGCUUAUAUCACUGACGUCUUGUCUCAAGGGGCUCUCAAGUUUAUGGGCGUUUGUCUGUUGAAUCAAGAGGAAGGUUUACCGGGGCUGCGUCACCGACGAUUGGAUAUAAGAUUAAUACCUGCUGAACAGUUUUACUGUGGCGUGCUCUAUUUUACCGGCAGUGAUGAGUUCAAUCGUGAAAUGAGACAGUAUGCAUUAGACAAAGGGUUCACUUUGAAUGAAUACAACGUGAGGCCCCUUGGCACCACAGGUAUUCCGGGAGAAUCAGUUCCCGUUACUUGCGAACAAGAUAUCUUUGACGUCAUCGGUAUGAAAUAUCGCCUCCCGAAUGAGAGAGACCUAUAAAGAAAGGAAAGACCAUAUUUCAUUUUUAUGGUGUUUAUAAAGCCAGUUGAUUGUCAAGAAAUGUCUAAAAAAACUCAUUUUACACAGCCAGUAAUAUACUCAUUACAUUAAAUUAAGAGCGUCAUGUAACAGGUUAAUUCGAGGGAAGAUUUGCUAGGGUAAGGGUCGAAAGGGUGCUCAAGAGGGGUGCUAAUUUCCCUGCAAAAUAUUAAUAUACUAAGAAAUCAAGAAAAA